GUUGCAGGAGACACGGCAGAGGAGGGUCAGCGAGUUCCUGCCUGGCAGGGAGCCCUGAGGAGCCAACCACCAGCAAGGAAGUGGACACGGCCCCACGCCCGCGAGGGACUGUGUUCUGUCGACGGUCUGUGGAGAUGGGACUUCCCAGAGCGUCCAGAUGCCUGGGGGACAUGCGGGGCCCAGUGCCCAUCACGCUGGGCUGGACUUGGGGCCGCAGCACUGAGGUGACAGGUUCCAACGUAGGAGCUGCUGACAAGAAGAUGACCCGGGAGCCGGAGCUUCUGAGGAUGGAAAUCCACACACAACAAUGUCAGAAACAGUGAUGGAGUCCCCUGCCCCCGAGUCCGAGUCUGGGGGGGUCUCUGUACCUGGAAUAGGGGGGCUGUUGGGAACCCUGCAAGGGCAGAGCCUUCGGAGCUCCCUGUCACGGGAGAGCGGUCUCGGGCAGGUGGCAGUCACGCACUGGGAGAUCCGAACCGGAGAGGCCGUCCAGGUGGGCGGCGACGCAGGCGGAGGCCCAGUCCCGGGCUCCGGCCCCUUCGUCCUGCAGAGAGAGCCCGUAGAAGAGGACACCCACCUGUGUGAGGCCUGCGGCAAAAGCUUCCCGUUUACUUCAGACCUAGUCGGGCAUCAGGUUUCUCACACCGGGGAGAAGCCUUGCAGAGGCGACCAGUGUGGGAAAAGCUUCAGCCAGAGCCCCCACCUUGCUGAGCACCAGAACGCUCACGCCGGAGAAAGACUCUACGUGUGUAACGCUGGCGGGGAGGACUUCGCUCACUGCGCGGAUCUCACGGAACACCAGAGAGCACACACGGGGGGAAAGCCGUUCAGGUGCGCUCAGUGUGGGAAAGCCUUCUGCCACAGCUCAGACCUGGUCCGGCACCAGCGCGUGCACACCCGGGAGAGGCCUUUCGAAUGCAAGGAGUGCGGGAAGGGCUUCAGCCAGAGCUCGUUGCUCAUCCGACACCAGAGAAUUCACACGGGGGAGAGGCCCUAUGAAUGUAACGAGUGCGGGAAGUCCUUCAUCAGGAGCUCGAGCCUCAUUCGGCAUUACCAGAUCCACACAGAAGUGAAACAGUACGAAUGCAAGGAAUGCGGCAAGGCCUUCCGCCACCGCUCAGACCUCAUAGAACAUCAGCGGAUUCACACCGGAGAGAGGCCCUUCGAGUGCAACGAGUGCGGGAAAGCCUUCAUCCGGAGCUCCAAGCUCAUCCAGCACCAGAGGAUCCACACUGGAGAGAGGCCGUACGUUUGCAAUGAGUGCGGGAAGCGCUUCAGCCAGACGUCGAACUUCACUCAGCAUCAGAGGAUCCACACUGGGGAGAAACUCUACGAAUGCAACGAGUGUGGGAAAGCUUUCUUUCUGAGUUCGUACCUCAUUCGACACCAGAAAAUCCACACUGGGGAGAGGGUGUACGAGUGUAAGGAGUGUGGGAAGGCUUUUCUCCAGAAAGCUCACCUCACUGAACACCAGAAGAUCCACACUGGGGACAGGCCCUUCGAGUGCAAGGACUGCGGGAAGGCCUUCAUCCAGAGCUCCAAGCUGCUCCUCCAUCAGAUCAUCCACACUGGAGAGAAGCCCUAUGUGUGCAGCUACUGUGGGAAGGGCUUCAUCCAGAGGUCCAACUUCCUUCAGCACCAGAAAAUUCACACUGAAGAGAAACUCUACGAAUGCAGUGAGUAUGGGAAAGAUUUCAGUUCUGCUCCAAACUUUAAAAGUAAUCAAGAUGUUCACCAAGAAGGACUUCCCUUGAGUAAGACCCCCAUACAUCUGAGCGAGAAACCUGGAAGUCCGGGGGCGCGUGUGGGCGACUCAUAAAGCAGUUACUCUCCAGCACGUUGAGCGACGUUUGGCCAGGAGCGGCGUGAGUCCCCUUUCAAUGUCUCUGGACGUGUCAGCUUUUCCCAAAGCCACGGGCGGGGCUGCUUUACACGUGGGCCCCCACCUGCUGUGUGCGGUAGUGCCGGGCUGCUGUCCUCAGCUAGGGACGCCCGUCUUCAGGAGAGCCGCCUGCCUGGACAGCUGACUCUGAGCCGGAACAGUCCGGGGCCAGGAGCUAGGUCUGGAAAACAGUUCUGCGUUGGGCUGCACAAUCACAGUUCAUCCCUCAGUUAAAGCCCUUUAAAGGAGAGCCGUUUGUCUAAUCUUGUUCCUUUAAAGAGUAUGAUGUAGCAAAUUUUGAUCUAUUGGAAAGGCAAGUUGGAGAAUGCUUUCUCAUGUAAAACCAGCUUGGUUCCCCAUGGUCCUCAGGACACACCCUAGGCCCCCCCACUGCUGCACCCACCCUACGGCCUUCUGCGCCCGGAGCCUCGUCUCUCGCCGCUCAGUCCUGGACACGGAGCUGGCGACACAGCACCGCCAGCGGACACUCCCCUUCUCCCAGCUUCCCCGCCUCCUGGCCUCCGUCCCAUGUGACUGCUCGCCUCCCCGGGUUUCUGCCGCAUCGUGAGUCAGGGCCCGUCCUCCUCUGUUACUGCACUUACUUUGGUAUGUUUUCUAUCUCUUUCAUUAUUACACUUCUGCUUGGAGCACAACUGUCGCAUCUGAUUGGUUUGUCCCUGGCGUCUAGCACAGGACAAUAAAAAGCAAACCCCACAUCUGUGUAAGUGGUGCCUCUCAUGUGUUUGUCCUUUCCGUCCUGCUAUUUCCAAAACUUGGACUUGGUCAUUGUUGUCCUGUGAUCUACUGGUCUUCUGGAAAUACCUUUGUGCUUAGCCUGGUUGACGUCUCCUGCUUUCCCUGAAGCCAGAAGUCUCGGGCGAGGGCCAGUGCGAGCCCUCAUUCUUCUGCAGUUAGAGCUCAGCCAUGACCACUUGCCUUUGGGAGCACGGUCUUCAGCCAGUGGUCUGUGCAUCUUUCUGGCUCACUCCAGUGCACCACGUAACUUCUGUCUGUCUUAGCAGUUCCAGGAUUGAAGUAAACCCUUCUUGUCACUGUCCCUGCUCUUCGACUCAUUUUAUCAUUUAUUUGGAAAUGUACUGGCCUGUAACAACCAGUGUGAAGUCUUGCCACUGAUGAGGAAGGAAGACGCCAUCCAACCUGAGCUCAUUCCAAGUCUGGUGGGGACACUGAUCCCCACGCGGAGCAAGUGAGGAAGGAGACGCAUGUUCCCAGCUGUGCAGGAGCUUAGGCAAGGAGGGGGCUGGUGCAGCAGGGAGGAUCUGGGACAGCUUCACAGAAGAAGUAGCAUUUGAACUGGUCCAUGGUGGUAAGUAGACUUUGUCAGCUAGAUAAGGAAUGAAAGAGGAAACAAGCAGGAAAAGUCUGUUGCAACUUCUGCCUCCGGUCGGGCUGUUCAGAAGCACAUGUGUUUUAUUACACAGCAGGUAAAUGCCUAGUAAGACCAUUUCCUUUUCCGAACAUUAACCAAAACAACUCUUUUCCCCCAUGAAAGUGCAU